AUGUAUACACCAGCAGUGUGUUCACUGCUCAUAUUCAUAUCAUUAUUGGUGUUAUCAAUAUUCCUUAAGAGUACGAAUCAUCAUAAAUUAAUUUACAAGAUAAGAACAUAUUUGAUAAUUUGUUUAACAAUAUCAUGUUUGGCUUCAGUAGCUCCUCAAACUGCUCAAAUUGGUGCACCUUUUAAUAAAUAUGGUCAACCCAAAAUUGCAUUUUUUGGAUGUAAUUAUCAAAUUUCUUUGACCACGGCAAGAUUUUGUUCAGAAGAUAAAUCAUUUGAAUGGUGUUAUUGUAAUAAUUUUAAUGCCUUUGCAACUAUAGCUCAUUGUUAUCGAGUUGGUCACGAAAAGGAAAUUGAUCUGUUGUUGGAUAUGUGUAAAGAAUAUAGCAACAAAACCUUAACAAAAGAUAUUUUUGAAAAGGCUGAUCAUUAUUAUAAUAACAGAGCAAAAACUAUUGAUGAGAUUCCGAAUUACCAGCCAUAUGAACUAGUCGACUAUCCUAUAAAAUUAAAUGAAAGUGAAAUUCAUAUCUUUGAAAGUGCUUAUGAACAAUUUUUGGGUAAUUAUGAUAGGUCAAUAGAUUAUGGGUUUUACUUGAUUGCAUAUUGGAUCAUUGUAUUUGCAUUAGUUUCAGUAGGAAAUUGGUCCAAAGUUUUAUUACCAAGAUUACAACCAACUGACAGUUUAACAAAUUGGUUUAGAAAGAACAUUUCAUUACCAGCAACUGGAUAUAAAAAUAAGACUAGUGAACUUCCAUUAUUUAAAAUUUUCGACAUGUUAGUUCCAACAAGAGCAGAGUCAUUAAUAUUAGCUACAUUUGGUGGAUUAUGUUUAUAUUAUAUGACUGUUGAUAUCUAUUAUACUCCAGGGAAUCCAUUAUUUUCAAAUAAAUAUACCGCUUUAUUGAAAUAUUAUGCUGUACGAGCAAGUUUAUUGAGUAGUUCAUUAAUGCCAUUGCUUAUUUUAUUUGGUGGCAGAAAUAAUAUACUUCAAUAUAUUACUAGAUGGGAUUAUGCAACAUUUAUAACAUUACAUCGGUGGGUUUCAAGAAUAAUUAUCUUUAUGAUAUUAAUUCAUGCAUUGUUUUAUACUAUUUAUUUGAAAGAUAGGGGAUUACCAGAAGAAAGUAUACCACUUUAUAUUUGGUUUGGUGUUGCUGCAAUUUACGCAGGUGUUGUAAUUUUAGUUCAAGGUUUAUUAAUACUAAGAAGAAAGUGCUAUGAAGUAUUUUUAUUAUUACAUAUUGUUUUAGCUGCUGUUUUUAUAUUUGGAGCAUGGUUACAUGUCGAAGAUUUAUAUUGUGUUUGGUUUUAUUAUACCUCUGCUGUUGUUUGGGCAUUUGAUAGGAUAAUACGACUUUUAAGAAUGACUGAGUUUGGAUUUCCAAUUGCUAAAGUUUAUUUAUUAAGUGAUGAAACAUUGAAAAUAAUUAUACCCAAACCAAAAAAUUGGCAAGCUAUCCCUGGUGGACAUGCUUUUAUACAUUUUUUAAAGCCAAGCUGUUUUUGGCAAUCACAUCCGUUUACGUAUACUGUUGACGAUGAAUCAAAUAUAAUAUUAUUUAUUAAAGUCAAAAGGGGAGUUACUAGACAAAUAUCUAAUUAUUUAAUGACUCAUAAAGAUAGGUAUACUACAAUUAGAGUUGCAAUUGAAGGUUCAUAUGGUGAAUCAACCCCAGCUAGUAAGUAUAAUACCGCAGUUUUUUUUGCUGGUGGUAAUGGUAUUCCAGGUAUUUUUGCAGAAGCUUAUGAAUUGUUGAAAUAUGAGAAUAAACAAUCGAUCAAAUUAUAUUGGGUUGUACGAGAGUAUAAAUCAUUAUUAUGGUUCUAUAAGGAGUUAAUGGCUUUGAAAGGAACCAAGAUUGAAACAACAAUAUUCAUAACUAGACCAAAUUCUUCAAUUGAAGAAAGAGAUUUUAAUAGUAGGACUUUUACAAGUUUAUUAGACGAUGAAUCUUCACCACUAAAUCCAAAACAACAUACUAUAUACGAUUCAAUAAAGUCGGAUGGAAAUAUAAUAAAAGAUAUACAAAAAGAAUUAUCCCAUAUAAAGUUGAUUGAAUCAAGACCAAAUAUAAAAAAAAUUGUUGAAACAAACAUCAAUGAAUCAAUGGGAUCAACAUGCUUUGUAACUUGUGGGGCACCAUCAAUGGUAGAUGAUAUACGACAUUCAGUGGUUUUAAAUUUAGAUUAUGAUAGAAAUAAAAGGGUAGAUUAUUUCGAACAAUUACAGGUGUGGGCAUAG